AUGGCAACCGAGACCCAAGACCACGUUCCCAAUACAAUCAGUGGCGAAGAAGACUUGCACAAAUUUGCACAUGUGAUUGCGGCGGCUUUCUCCAACGACGCUCUCAACCGAUACCUGUUCCUGGGCCGUGAGUCACAGCCAGACCACCCCAAACUCGAGCAUUUCGACCACCGUGUUCAAUACUGGCUCCCUCAUAUAAAAACUCGGUUUGAGGGCGGAGGGAUACUGAUUCAAACCUAUGACUGGGCUGGAGUGGCGUUGUGGCUUCCUCCUGGGGUCGAGAAGCCCGUGAACAACGCCAGCCCCAUUUCUGAAGGGGCUGCAGAGUACAGACAGAAGUUCGACGCGCUCAAGAAGAAGUAUCUGGGCGAUCGGACUUACUGGUAUCUCAAUCUAAUUGCACGGGCUCCCACCAGGCUGGAAAAAGGUAUGGUUCGAUCAACAUGGGAUGCUUAUGCCGGCUGGGAAUGCGCUAUUCGGAAUUUAGUGGAUCCCUUCCUCAAAAAGGCCCGAGAACAGAACAUUCCUGUCUGGCUAGAAGCGACGAAUCAGCAUGCAAGGGAAGUUUAUAGCCAUUUGGGAUUUAGGACGGUCGAGCAAGUGAGAAUUGGCGAGGGAAUUGUCAAUGCUGAUGGUUGGGCACAGCCGAACGGUGAAGGUGUGCUAACGUACGGAAUGGUUGCUGGACUAUAA